AUGAGUUUCUUGUAUCAAUUUAGUAAAAAUAUCCAUUCAAUUGUUUAUGCCUCUUUCAUCAUUAUAUUAUGUGCAAUUUGGACUAAAUACCUUUGUAAGUUUCUCAAAAAUAAGUAUUCCGAAUUUUUAAAUAACAGUAAAAUAGUUAAACUGGACAGUAUAGCCAUAACGAAAAAUGAUUUCCUAAAGCAGAAUUUGCUAUAUAGGAUCAUCAAAUAUAACAUCAUCGGAAAAAAUAACUAUGAGGACAAGCUUACUUAUAGAAAGAAUGCUUCCUUCUAUUACUUGAAAAGGGCAAUAUUUUUUUUACACAACUAUAAAUUUUUGCACAUAAAAAAGAAGCUAAACUGCUUGUUUAUUAGAAACAACAUUACAGAUAUACGGAAUUUAAAAUAUUUGACUUACAAAACGGUUAUUCAAUUUAAAAAGGAAAUGAACAUUUGUCUUGUGGAGGCAUACAACUCCUUCAGUUAUAAAAACAAAAAGGAACUACUAUAUAUAUACUUCAAGCUGUAUUCCAAAAUUUUUUUCUUUUUUCAAAGUGAAAAUAUUUACUUUUUUCACUUCCUCACUCAUGUCCUACUGGUUUCUUGGGUCUAUACGCCUUUAAACCCGGCCUUGCGCUGA